AUGACCUUGAUUUACCUAUUCAUUUUUUCUAUUUUCUUAUUCUUUGUCAGCUUUUUCUGGAAAACUAUAAAACGAAUUUUGCGAUUCCGAAAGUUUGAUAACAAGAUUCCUGGUCCUCCAACAAGUCCAAUUUUGGGGAAUGUUCAAACUUUUAGAAAUAAAUCUACAGUCGAACUCAACCAAAUCUUCCUGGACGCUGCUGAAAAAUGUCGAAACUCCAAGUCCAACUACAUGAAGUAUAGGAUUUUGGAUAAACUUUUUGUGCUUCCACUUAACGGGAAAUCUGCGGCGAAAAUUCUAGAAUCAUCUUCGGAAUUGAACAAAGGAGACGACUAUGAUUUUUUCGAGCCAUGGUUAGGCGGUGGAAUUCUAGUGGGCCGAGGCGAAGAAAAAUGGAGAACACAUCGAAAAUUGUUGACUCCAUCGUUUCAUUUUGCAAAAUUGGAAGGAUAUUUGGAAGUUUUCAAUACGGAGUCAAGGAUCCUAGUCUCCUGCCUCGACGAACUCUCUGAUUCUUCAAACCCCAUUGACAUCUUCCCAUACAUCAAACGAUGUGCUCUUGACAUUAUAUGUGCCGCAGUGAUGGGAACAAAAGUCGACGCACAAUUAUAUCACAAUCAUCCCUAUGUAAAUGCAGUGGAGAUGUUCAGUGUUCUUGUGAUCGAAAACGCUAUCAAUCCGAUUUUCCAAAUCCCGCCGUUAUUCUGGUUGCUCGGAUACCAAAAGCAAAAAGAGGAGUGUAUAAAAGUGAUGAAAGAAUUUUCAACAAGUGUAAUUUCGGAGAGGAAAGCGGCAUUGGAUUCUGGAGAAAUAGAAAAGGAGACUAAAAAACAUAAGGUGUACAAGGAGUUAGUGAAGGUGUUUGGAGGGGAUGAAGAUGUGACUUAUGAAAAAAUGAGCGAAUUGGAGUAUACAGAACGAGUAUUGAAGGAAUCGAAACGUUUGGUUGCACCAGUUCCAAUGGUUCAAAGGAAAAUUAUUAGUGAUAUGGAGAUUGACGGCAUCACCAUCCCAUCCGGAGCAAACAUUUCCAUCUCCCCAAUGCUGAUCCAUAAGAAUCCAGAAGUGUUCCCGAAUCCAGCAAUUUUUGAUCCUGAUCGGUUUCUACCAGACGAAAUCUCCAAACGGAACGCUUUUGACUACAUUCCUUUCUCAGCUGGACUUCGAAAUUGUGUCGGACAAAAGUUCGCUCAAAUUAAUGAGAAAGUCAUGAUUGCUCAUAUUUUGAGAAACUUCCGUUUAGAACCGUGUGGAGUGACUAAGCCAGCAUUGGAGGUUUGA